AUGACUCUUGCAACGCUCUUUCUGUGCGGCAAAGAAGAUCUCAUCACGUCAUUCUUUUCGAUAUCGAGUCCCCCAUUCUGCGAUGGAAGUUUGCCUCUUCACUUUGGCUCGCCCGGAUGCCCUAACUUCGGGCUCUGUAAAAGAGACAGAGAGCUUUUCACAUAUUUUCAAUGGCAGAUUUAUACUCCUUUUCUGACCAGGAUAGCGUCAAAAAAGGACGUCAAGAUAUACCCUGACGAGGUUUCACUGCCCUGGAGGCAGAAAGAAAGGAUAACUCAAGAAGAGGCAGCCGAAGUUCCUUUCGUGGAAAAGAUCGAGAUCUAUCCUGGAAAUCAUAACUUGCACUCCCAUCAGUGGCUUGUCAGGCAAUGUCUCGGGAUUGCCGAGGCACUGGUAGCAAUUCACGGCCUCGCUGAAAGAAAUUGCGAGCGAACAAAGAGCCUCCUGCACGCUGACAUCAAGGCUGAGAACAUUCUCUGUUUCCGAACCCCCGAAUCAGAGGAGCGCGGCGUGAUACUUAAGCUUGCAGACUUUGGAGAGACUGAAUGGCUCGGACCUGAGGUAACACUGAAACCCAAGGGCGUGGCGCAUGUCAAAACAUAUCGACCGCCAGAAAAAGACUUUGGGAAGAACAUCACUCUAAGUUACGACGUGUGGUGUCUUGGGUGUCUAUUCCUGGAAUUUGUCACCUGGUACACACGUGGCCAGGAGGGCAUCGAGUGGUUCAGCAAGAUGAGAGCAGAGGAAGUGGACAAUUCAGCAGUGACCGCACAGCCGACGCAUUUGGUUGAAGAUAUUUUCUUCAAAAGAACCAAACAGAAGCCUGGUGCUUCUUUCUAUCGAAGACUGAAGAUUGGAUAUAGUAGGACGAUGAAGGUCAGACAUGGGGAGACUGCCACCACGCUGCGAUCUUUGUGGGUUUCUUCGAAAGUCGAAAUCGUCCCUGAGUUGAAGGAUGGGGUCAUCUCGCAUCUGAGGAGCCUCCAGUCUGACGCCAAAUGUACUGAUGAACUACGGAAACUUCUCUCCUUUGUAGAGGAGAGAAUGCUGGUUGUAAAACCUGAGGGCCGCGCAGGCUCUCCCGAGCCUUGCGGAAUUCUUUCACCACCGCCUCUCGCUCAGCCUAAGAAGAUAAAAAAUCAAUUGUACGUCAACACGUCGUGCGAUAUUUUACCCACAGGUGUAAGCUUUCGUGGCGCCAUCAGGCGAAUCUUUCCGCCCAUAGACUGUUCGAACCAAUAUUGA